GUCUUUAAUGAAUCACAACAACGGCUAUAUAAAGCGGGACCUCUUUGAGUUUAAGCAGCCCGGCAGGGAGUUUGGUGCAGGAAACGGUGAUCGUCGAUAUCUCUUCACACUUCAUGGAUCCUUCGUCGACCUGCCCGAAGUCGCAGUACCGAAAGACGUCCUGAUUAGGUAUGUUUGGAAGGUGCAGUAGGUCCGGGGCAUCUCAUCGCAUUUGCGCCAGACGGCGAUUUGUUUCGAAGAGCUCGUUGAUGUUGCAAACCAAACCCUUGCAGCAGGAGCAAGAACGUCGGUGCC